AUGACAAAGAGAGGGAACCAAUGCCAUGACGCUGAUUCUGGAAACGCCAAGCGUAAGAGGCACUUGCUGUUUUGGGUCUUGGCAGCGGUUAUCCUCGUAGCUCUAUGCUCCAUCUUCGCUGCCUCCAUCACCCUCAAAUGGUCCUCAACCAACAACCUUGAUUUCGAUUCUACCAUUCUUGAAGAUCUCGAUGAGGUGGAGGAGAGAGAGAAGGUGGUGAGAGAGAUGUGGGACGUGUACAGUCGCAGUCACGCAAACGCCGUUGGAUUACCAAAGUUUUGGGAAGAAGCCUUUGAAGCAGCUUACGAGGAAUUGGUGAGUGAUGUUGGUGGAGUCCGAGACGGUGCCGUUUCAGAGAUUGCCAAGAUGUCUCUGCGAUCUCUUCCUCGUCAAUUCAACCCGGUCAGCUCAAACUCAAACCAACACUUUGUCUUGACAAAUUCCGUGCACACAUACAUAUUGCUUCUUUUGCUUCCAUUCGUCAUUUAUGCGGGGAUAGGUACAACUCUAAAUCCGAGAGGGGAAGUAGAUGAGAAAGCUCUGCAUUAA